AUGUAUGCAUUCAAUCCGUCGGGUCCAACUUACGAGCAGUCUGCUACAGUUGACGCGCCCGGGUCAAGGAUGAUCAGAGCAGCCAGCACUCUGUACUUCGCGUAUGGUAGCAACUUGCACCUCGCGCAAAUGGCCCAUCGAUGUCCUGGAAGUGUCUUCAAAGGAAAAGCUACUCUCGAGUCUUAUCGCUGGCAGAUCAAUGAGCGCGGAGUGGCCAACGUCGUUGAAUCUGGAAGCGAUCACUCAGUCGAAGGCCUUCUCUACAUGAUCGGUCCCAAAGAUGAAAGGACUCUGGACCGCUCAGAAGGCGUGUCAAAAGGCUUCUACCAGAAGUAUCUGAUGAGAGUUUCUUUCGAACCUCAUCAACAGUACGCUAACUUCAAGACUGGCCGAUUGUCCCAUUUACUCGAGCAGCGCCGGGACUCGAUGAGCGGCGAUGGGACUCAUUUUCCUAGCAAUUCCAAUCGCAAAGUGAGGUUCAAUGCACCGCCUUACAUUGAUCCUCUGUCCUACAUGGACAGCGAUGACAGUUCAGGGCGCCAUGCACGCACUGAGCAAGUCAAAACAUUGGUGUAUGUUAGCGAGGACUACGUUACCGAUGGCUCCAUCAGAGAGGAGUAUAUCGCGAGGAUGCAGAACGCCGUCAACGAUGCGGUAUCACUGGGGAUAUCGAAAUCAUUUGUUAACAAAUACAUCGUCCCGUUUCUCGACUCUGAGCAAAUUUGGCAUUUGUCCGAGGGAAAGUCUACAGAAAACCGUUGUGAACAGCCCAGCAAGCUGCUGGACCUGGAAUCUGAGCCAGAAGCUCAGGCUAUCGUCAAUGAAGGGUCAACGAAAGAGCAGCUCAGUCCCAACCCCCCCGCUGAAAACAACAUGGCGGACAUUUCAGAGUCGGCGACUGAUGAAAAGUCGAGUGACGUGGAUAUGAACGAAGAAACGAACCAAGAAGAGCCGUCGAGUCAGCCGGUCGCCAAGGAGGAUGAUCUGUCUGCGCAUCUCGAUCUAUCGAAGCUCAGAACAGAGAACCGCGACGAAGACGGUGAUUCCAGUAUGUUCCCCACUGAUUUGUUGGAAGCUGUUGACAAAGUCAACUGUUCCGCCAUCGAUGGCAGUGGAAAGAACAUUUACCUUAUCAUUGUCUAUCAGAAGGGUGCAGAGGCUAAUUCUGGCUUCAGUGUCGCCACAGCAUCUAAGGGGAUUCAAGUGGCUAAUGAGCUUGCUAUGAAAGAGUUCAGACAUUUAUAUGCGCUGCACACUAAGCCAGUGGUUGAGGAAGAAGAGCCCGAUGUCGUGGUUGUCAAAGAAGGCUCUCCAGGUGAUUUGACUUGGAAGUUAGGAGAUGACGCCUAUCUUCAUCUCAGUAGUGCAAGACCUGGGGAGGAGCCUUGGCUGAUGUUAUGGGUGGAGCCAAAACAGCUUAUGGAAUGCCGUUAG